AUGGAGUCUACCGUCUCUCCAGCACCGACGAAGCGACGGAUCCCUGGGUUGCCGAAUCCAGUGGUGGAAGCCGAGCAGCAGAAAUGGUUAUUCACUGACGAAGAGCUUGAGCGCACGCCGUCGCGAAUCGACAAGAUCAACCGCGAAAAGGAGGACUACAUUCGGCACCGGGCAAUCGAUUUCAUCUGGCAGGUCAGCAUGAUGCUGAAGAUGCCACCACAGACUUCCAUGACCGCCACUGUGUAUAUGCACCGUUUCCUCAUGCGUUAUUCUUUGAUGGGCCAAUAUCCUGAGGCGGGGUCAGACUUGAUACAUCCGAAAGUGAUUGCUGCAGUGGCCCUGUUCGUCGCAUUUAAGGUGGACGAGACAAUGCGACGCAUGAAGGACUUCGUUAUAGCAUGCUGCCGUGUCGCCAUGAAAAACCCAAAUCUCGUCGUCGACGAACAGUCCAAGGACUACUGGAGAUGGCGUGACCUGAUCUUGCAGAACGAGAGCGUUAUGCUGGAAUAUCUCUGCUUUGACUUGCAACUCGAGUCGCCAUACCGCGCCCUUUGGGAAUUUUCCCUCUUCUUCGGCGUCCAGGAGAACCGCGCUCUCCGCAGUGCCUCCUACGCCUUCCUAAACGACUCCACCUACACAGUCCUUUGUCUACAAUUCUCCCCGCGCGUCCUGGCCGCCGCAGCCCUCUACGCCGCCGCUCGUCAUUGCCGUGUCGCAUUCCCAGACUCCGAAGGCUGUCCUUGGUGGGAUCAAAUCGACGUCCGUCUCGACGACCUCAUCCGCGCCUGCACGCUGAUCGUCAAGAUCUACGAGCGUGUCCAGCAAAAUUUAAGCAAAGGCUACCCAGAAUUUGCCAUAUCAGAAACAACGCCCAAUGACCCAACCCGCAUUUUCGACCGCGACCCAACGAAAUCGGAGACCGAGCAUGCAGACCCUACACACUCUCUCACCGUAACAGCCCCGGACUCGGCUCAAAAUGGCCGCAAGCGCUCUCGUGAACCAGAAUCCCAACCUCCCUCCUCGCAUGCCAUGGAACCUACCCAAAACAACUCUUCUACACUCAAUGGGCACAGGGAACGAUCUCCAAAACGUCAGCGAACGGUUACCCCAUCUCUAGAGGCUAACCAGGCCACGCCAUCCCAGCCGCAAAAAUCCACUACUCGUUCGCGCAUUCCUGCCGCGGCAUUAUCGCAAUCGCAAUCACACUCUCUCCCUACCGCACCCCCACACCAAACCUCGGGACAAGCAGAUCUGCCCCAGAAACCAACCACAGAAGGCAACCACACCGAAGAUGGCGAGAUCUCUGACGAAAAAGACAGAACCACCCCUCUACCUGCCACGGCAGACCCCAUCGCCAACCCCAAUACCGAAAAAGAGAAGGAUGGGUUUGACGAUGCCGGAAGCGAAGAAGGCGAAAUUUAA